GUAAUCAAAAGUUAAACAGCGUUUCAACAUUAGUUAGAAAAAUAAGGUUCAACGAAAAAUGAGUUCUGUUUGGAAACGAUUGCAGCGGGUAAACAAGAGGGCUGCAAAAUUUCAGUUCACUGUGUCAUACCAUGAAGUCACUUUAGAAACAACAACAAAAUGGAAACCAAACAAAUUAAGUGUUGUAUGGACAAGACGUAGCAGAAGAGUGGCUUCUGAUCCCAUAGAUUGGGAACCAAAUUUAAGUGACCCAUUAAAAGGUAUUAUUACUUGGCCAGUUCCUGACAAUCACACGGUUUCAGUAACUCUGUUCAAAGAUCCAAGAACGCAUGAAUUAGAAGAUAAAGAUUGGACAUUUGUAAUCGAAGAUGUUUCUCCCACUGGUAAGAGGCGGCAUGUUGCUGCCACAAAUAUAAAUAUGAAAAAGUAUGCAACUUUAGAAUCUAGUCAACAACAACUUAAAUUAGACUUGAAACCUACUUCAAAAAAAAUCGUUAGCGCUUCGCUAGAAUGUACUUUAUCAUGUGUCUUUUUGAGAGAAGGCAAAGCAACGGACGAGGAUAUGCAGAGUAUGGCCAGCUUAAUGUCAGUUAAUAAUAAUAGCGAUAUAGCACCUUUGGAUGAUUUUGAUAAUGAGGAUAUACCUGAGGAUGUUGAAGAAGUAUCUGUGAAGAAUCUUGAUGAAAUUUUAGAUAUUUCUGCACAGCUUGAUUUAAUGACAAGCAGUCUUACUGAAAGUGAAUUACCUAGUACUCCAAUAAGUGUGGCAAGUUUAUCAAAGGACAAUACUACACCUGUAAAUGAUAAUGACCAUUUCAUACGUGAUAUUAGUCUAACAGGCAUCGAUGAUUCCUUUAAAGAGAAGUCAUCCUUAAAAGAUACUGUCGCUGUUGAAAAUGAUAAAAACAUGGAACACAAUACAAUGAGAUUACCAUUACAACCAUUAGUACUGACAAGGAAUGAUAGCAGUAUUCCUAGAUUAAAAGAAAUCACACCAGGACAGGAUUUAUUGGAGUGGUGUAAGGAAGUAACUAAAGAUUAUCCUGGUGUAAAAGUUACCAAUCUUACAACAUCUUGGAGAAAUGGAAUGGCAUUUUGUGCAAUCAUACAUCAUUUUAGACCAGAUCUUAUAGACAUAGAUUCAUUAUUAUCACAUGAUGUAAAAGGUAACUGUAAGAAAGCAUUUGAUGCCGGAGAAGCCCUUGGUAUACCCAGAGUUAUAGAACCAGCAGAUAUGGAUAUAUUAACUGUACCUGACAAGUUAGCUGUGAUGACAUAUUUAUAUCAGCUGAGAGCACAUUUCACUGGUCAUGAGUUAGAGGUUCAUCAGAUAGGUAAAACCGCAGAUGAAUCUUUUUACAUGAUUGGUCGAUUUAAUACUGACAUUAACUCGGAUGUGAGUGUGCAAAUGUUUAGUCAAGAAAUAAUAAAAUUGCAUAAGAAAGAUCAAAUGGAACAUAAAAAUAAUAAAUUAGACAACAAUAGACGAUCAAAUCCAUUUGACAGCAAAAAGGAGGACACUAAUAUCGAUUUGUUAAAAAACAGAUUACAUUUGAGUUUAAACACCGAAAAUCAGGAUCAUGAUCAAUGCAUAAAAGAUAAAUCACCGUCUAGUGUUAAAGAUGUUAAAGAUAUUAUAUUAGCCAGCUCAAAGAGUAUUCUAGAAAAAGUGUUAUCGCCGACUAAAGAAAAAUAUUUAUCCAAAGAAAAGAGCAAAUCUCCACCAAGAGUACCACAAGUACAACAACGUCCGAUAUUAAUGACUCGUCGGCAAUUAACAGAUCCUUUUGGAUCGGAUGAGGAAGAGGAAAACAUGCAAAUAAUUGACGAGAAAUGGUCUCAGUCAGUUUCAGUUAACAAAUUACAGUCGCCAAUUCGAGAUGAUUCAGUAAAUGCAACUGACAAGGGAAGUCGUGAUAGUACUGAGUAUCAGAGUGUAUCAUCACCCCACAGAGAGCAACGUUCACAACAUCCGUUAGUCAGUCGGCAUGAUGAAUUAAGAGAACGUGCAAGACAACUGUUAGAACAGGCCAGGAAUCAGACAAAAUCAACUGCACUUGUUUCUGCCGCCGCUAGUCCUAUCGAGAGUCAAAAUGACGACGAAAGGCAACAGCAGUUACGUGAAAGAGCCAGACGUUUAAUAGCAGAAGUAAAAAUGGGCGUUAACGUUUCCUCGAAUCAAACAAACGAUGAUAAUAAUAGUGACAGACGAUCGAUAGACGAUCAAAAUAAUAGUCCGAGACGAAGCAUGACGCCGUCUACUCCCGGUGAUAGAUUUAGUACAAAGUCAGAGUAUAAUGGAAACAUAUUGGGAACUCCUAGUAUGAUAGAUGGCGAGAAAAAGACCGGUUCUCCACUAUAUUCGUUUUCUAAAAUAAUAGAAAGAAUUUCACCAGAUAAGACUAGCCCUGAUGGUACACCGUACACACUUAGAGGGUUGGGAAAGGACAUGACAUCGUAUAUUCAAAAAGAAUUAGAAGCGUUAGAAAGAGAACAAACGCAAAUAGAUAUUCAAGCGGGUAAACUGGAGAAACAACUUCGUGCCGCUAUGGAAAGUGACAACGAGGAAGAAACUGAAAGACUGAUGUCUCUGUGGUUUACCCUUGUUAACAAAAAGAAUGCACUUCUAAGAAGACAAAUGCAAUUGAAUAUAUUAGAAAAAGAAGAUGACUUAGAGCGUCGAUUUGAACUUUUAAACCGUGAAUUAAGAACUAUGCUUGCUGUAGAAGAAUGGCGAAAGACGCCUGAACAAAAAAUGCGUGAAAAUUUACUUUUACAAGAACUGGUUUCUAUUGUAAACAAAAGAGAUGAAUUAGUUCAUCACCUUGAUACACAAGAGAGAGCUAUUGAGGACGAUGACGAAAUAGAACGUGAUUUAUCUAGAGCUGGUAUAGCUCAACGAAAUAAAAAUUGUGUGGUACAAUGA